AUGUUGUCAGAUAACAUUAAACAAAAGAGCGAAAAGAAACUCAUUGCUGACUUCGACGCUGUUUCAUUAUACCCUUCAGCAAUUGCAAGACUCUAUACUUUAGAAGGUAUACCGAAAGUAUUGAAGGAAGAAAUGUUAAGCACAGAGUAUCUCAUGAGACAUUUAUUCGAUGACGACCAAAAGGAACCCAUUGGUGAAAAGUUUGUGUCUGGCUUCUUUGUUCUCAUUAAGAUAACAGAGAUUGGAAUACAUAGACACUUUCCUUUAAUAGUUUGUGACCCUGAAUUAAAUCCAGAACUUAACGUUCCCAGAAGUUCAAACACUUGCUGUCUCAUGUAUGUUGGCCAUAUAACAUUACAAGACCUCAUAAAAUAUCAAGGUGUUAAAUGUGAAGUGUUGCAAGGAUACUAUUACGAUGGAAACAGAGAUAUUAGAAUAAGAGAUGAAGUAAAGAAGUUGUUUGAGUUAAGGUUAAAGUAUAAGAAAGAAGGAAAUCCUUUGCAAGAAAAUAUAAAGCUCAUUCUGAACAGUAUUUAUGGCAAAACUAUUCUAUCUCCUAUUGAGUCAAAAAUAACCAUAGUAAAUGACAAAGAUGCUAUAAGAUAUGCCAUCAGAAACUACAACCAUAUAGUGAAGUUCGAAGGUUUGGAUGGUUCAGAUAAAACUAUUUUCAAGCUAACGAAAAGCAUUUGCAGACACUUUAACUUCUGUCCACUUGGUGUUAACAUUCUGUCUAUGUCGAAGAGAAUAAUGUGUGAAGUAUUCUGUACUGCUGAAGAUAUGGGACUUCAAAUAUUUUACCAGGACUGUGAUAGCAUGCAUAUUUUCAAUGAAGAUAUCCCACUGUUAGCUCAGGAAUUUCAGAAGAGAUACGGUAGAGAACUUAUUGGUAAAACAUUAGGUCAAUUUCAUUCUGACUUCGCAGAAAUAACACCUGGAAAACAAAGUUUAGCAUACAAGUCAAUAUUUUGUGGAAAGAAGACCUACAUAGACUUACUCACUAACGAUUUAAAUGAAGUUGCAUUCC